CGUCGAGAGCCAGAGUGCUCAUCGACAAUCGUCUUGUAACGAUGCGCAAGAUGACUUCCGGUACUCAGGCCUCCAACCUCCAGAUCCUGGCCUUCAUCCUCAAAGACCUCAAAGGGUCCAUCUCGAAUCCCUUUACCCCUUACAACCUCAACUUCAUCGGCCUCCUCCUAACCGAGUCCCUCUCCAUGCUAGUGUUGUUGUCUGGAUACAGAGCUUUUGCAGAAAGGGAAGGACAGAUCAUGUCGCACGUCCCUUGCCUUUUAAUCGCUAUCGGAGCGACCCUAACGUUGGCGAUUGCGUUCGUCCUCUUCGUAGUCAAUAAGUACCUACGCGAUACCACCUCGGCGAAAAAGGUCGUAUGGCCCGGGCUGGCCAUUGCUACGUUUGUCCCGCUGAAUAUUGGGCUUCUUGUCGUCAAUGCCAUAUUAACGAGGCACGUCCGCAAGACGACUUGUCACAGCGGAGAAUUCUGCAAGUAA